CGCAAAGAAGGCAGUUGGAACGGAAGUACAGUGAGCUCAACCAGAGUCGACCGACCAUUCUACAAGCGCAAGCGAUGGUGGCUAGGAAUGGCGAUCCUCCUCCUCAUCCUCGCGGCUAUCGCCGUCCCAGUCGCCGUCGUGAUGACGAGAAAAAACACCAACAACAAACAUACCACAUCAGCAGAUUCAAAUGCUAGCAGUGACUCCGACGACAACCCCCCCGCAAACCUCAAUCUCAAAGGAAUCACCCGCGACAGCAUCCCCUCUUCCGCACAAGGAACCAUCCUCGACCCCUUUACCUGGUAUGACACAACGGACUUCAACGUAACAUACACAAACGCCACAGUUGGCGGAUUACCCCUAAUGGGCCUAAACAGCACCUGGGACGACUCAACGCAAGCAAAUGAACACGUCCCACCGCUAAACGAAUCUUUCCCCUACGGCACCAAACCAAUCCGCGGUGUAAACCUGGGCGGUUGGCUCUCCAUCGAGCCGUUCAUUGUACCAUCUUUUUUCGAAAAAUACGAUGACUGGGAGGGUAUCGUGGACGAAUACACACUUACGCAGAGACUGGGCAACUCCGCAAACGCAACACUGGAGAAACACUACGCCAAAUUCAUCACCGAGAAGGACUUUGCAGAUAUACGCGAUGCAGGCCUCGACCACGUCCGCAUCCAGUACUCGUACUGGGCUAUCAAGACCUUCGACAAUGAGCCAUAUGUCUCUCAAAUUGCAUGGCGGUAUCUCCUUCGCGCAAUCGAGUAUUGUCGCAAAUACGGCCUCCGCGUGAACCUAGACCUGCACGGGCUCGUCGGUAGCCAGAAUGGCUGGAACCAUAGUGGUCGAGAGGGUGCUAUCGGGUGGUUGAAUGGGACGGACGGCUCUCUAAACCGCAAGCGCUCACUUGAACUCCACGAUUCACUAUCGAAAUUCUUCGCGCAAGACCGAUACCGCAACAUCGUCACCAUUUACGGCCUAGUAAACGAACCGCUCAUGCUCGAAUUACCAAUAAAAGACGUCCUCGAGUGGACGACCGAAGUCACAAAACUAGUCCAAGGAAACAACAUAACAGCAUGGAUAGCAUUUCACGACGGGUUUCUGAAUUUGAGUAAAUGGAAGAAAAUGCUCAAGGGCGAUGAUGUGCCUGAUAACAUGCUGCUUGAUACGCAUCAGUAUACCAUUUUUAAUACGGGACAAAUCGUGCUUAAACAUGCGGACCGGGUUAAUCUCAUCUGCAAUGAUUGGUGGCAUAUGAUUCGCGAGAUCAAUACUACGGAUGCUGGAUGGGGACCGACAAUCUGCGGCGAAUGGUCCGCAGCCGACACCGACUGUGCGCCUUACCUCAACAACGUCGGCCGCGGCACCCGCUGGGAAGGAACCUUUUCCUCGGGUGAUUCAACGCAAUACUGUCCGACAGCCGACAGUAAGAAAUGCUCGUGUACAAAUGCAAACGCAAACCCAGCUACGUAUAGCGAUGGGUAUAAGAAGUUCCUGCAGACGUAUGCAGAGGCGCAGAUGAGUGCGUUUGAGACGGCACAGGGGUGGUUUUAUUGGACUUGGAAGACGGAGAGGGCGGCCCAGUGGAGUUAUUCGACAGCGUGGAAGGGGGGGUUUAUGCCGAAGAAGGCGUUUGCGCCGGAGUUUAAGUGUGGGGAUGAUGUGCCGGAUUUUGGGGAUUUGCCAGAGUAUUAUUAG